UUAAAGCUCGUUCGUUAUCUCUUCUCUUUUUCUAACUACCAGACCACAACUUCUUCUUCCUCCUUCCUAAGUUUCAAAAAAAAUAAAAAGCUCUUAGUUCUUUUCCAUCUAUAAGCUUUCCAUUCUAGCAGAACAAAUAAAAGGAGACAAACAUUAGCGGAGCAAACUUAUAACAAAAGAACAGAAAGGUAGACAUUUUUGUUUAAUUUAAGGAUGUCAAGCAGAAGGUCUAGGCAGUCAUCAACAGGGUCCUCGAGGAUUUCAGAUGAUCAGAUUAUUGAACUCGUUUCCAAAUUGCAGCAACUUCUUCCUGAGAUUCGAAACCGUCGCUCCAGCAAGGCAUCCGCAUCAAAGGUGCUUCAAGAAACUUGUAACUACAUAAGAAAUUUGAAUAGACAAGUGGAUGAUCUUAGUGAUCGACUUUCUCAGUUACUCUCCACUAUUGACGCUGAUAGUCCAGAAGCUGCAAUCAUCCGGAGUUUAUUAAUGUAGUAACUAUAUAAGUAUUAAUUAAUUAAUAUAUUUUGAUUUCUAAAAUGUUGGAGCUAUAUAUAUAUAUAUUUUACUAAGAAAUUCUUGUUUUUAAUUCUUGUCUAGACUCAGCUGGUCACUAGAUAGGCCAAUCAUGAGUUAGAUUUAGAAAAUCAACUAUUAGUACCAAUCGAACCGAUGUGAUCCCCCUAGCUAUGGGCACACGCUUGUAAUUAUAUUUCCCUUCGUAUAAUUAAUAAGAUGAAUUUUAUGCUUUAA